AUGCCCAUCUGCAUCGAAUGCUCCUAUCCAGUCUCUCAUCUCUACAGCGCGUAUAGUCGUGCCGAUGACCGCUCCCUGGGCAAAGGGGUGCGACUGACGCAAUGUCCGCGCUGUCAGCGCUUCGCCGACAAAUACGUCGAAUAUGAUUUCGUCGUGCUCUUCAUCGACCUCGUCCUUAUCAAGCCACAGGUUUACCGACACCUCUUGUUUAACCGACUAGGGCGAGCCGACAACCAGUUUGACCGGUCGAUUGUUCGCCUCGGCAUUCUCCUGCUUCUCUUCGAUGUCUACUUGACCUGGGCGCGCCUCGAAAAGGAUCCCUCACUGACUACGACCUUUCUCGCACGCGCCCCCAUCGUCGUACAAUACCUCUUCUUCCUCAGCCUAAAUGCCACCGCCACCCUAGCCCACCACCUCAGCGUGCGCCUGCUGGCCUCGAUCCUGGUCCCAGCAUCUCGUCGACCAGGUGGCACAGAUACCAAUAAUGGACAUUCCAAUGGCACCAGCACCAGCGUCGACCCAACCCAGCUCCCUUUGGGACCCCCUACACCUACCGCCUGGGCUUCACCAUCUCCGCAGCCAUCCAAUUCAGGAUUGUCUAACGACGUGACGUCCCCGAAAGACUCAUCCCCUCCACCGCAAGGCCCACACAUGGCCUCAGCUCCCCGACCAGCACCGCCUCUCCGACAAACCUCCACAGCACCGCUCCAGAGAAUCAAGCCCCUCCCACCACCCACAAUCGCCAGUCCCGCAGCAAUCAGCACAGCACUGCUAGUCAGCAGCUGCGCGAAACUCUUUCCCAUCCUGCUCGUGAUCUGGGGCACAGACAACAGCCCCAGCCUCUCGGACAUCCCCGCGCACAGCCAGACAGCAGCGCAGAUGCGGUCGCACACCCAGCCCAUCGGCGCAGCCCACGCAGAUCUGUCCACUACUGCAGUCCUAUCCGCAAAAGCCGCGUUGUCGUCCUCACCACCCGCAUCGCCGCCAUCUGCCUCGUUCCUGGAGUCCUGGCUUGCGGCGACGGCUGCGUCGCUGCGCUCGUCGACGCCGACGAGCUACCUCACGGGUCUUUUUGAUUUGCUUGCCUCGCUGCUUUCUCUCGGCGUUGUUGAUACCCACCUUGUGCUCUUGAGUAAUAUCGAGGCUUUGUAUAUCCUUCUCGGAUGUGGCUAUCUGCGUGCUGUGGCUGUGGCUGUUGCGGGCCAGGUUGCACGCUGGGCGGUGCAGAAGGUGAUAUUAGGGGCUGUCGGCAUUGGGUAG